UUAACAAACACGGUAGCAACCAAUUAAAGACGGUUACAUAAAAACAAAUGCAUAAAAUCGAAGUCCAUAGCCGAAAGCACAAUUCACAUGAACAAUAACCGCCUCGUAUGAAUGGACUAACUCCGUCACGCUCCCUAAUCAACUCUCUCCAGUUACGCCUUGCAAGUCCCCACCCUCACAUAGCCACGUCAUCAUCAUUCCGGCAUAACUUCGGGUUAGUAUCUACAAAAACACACACACUACGUCAAUUAACCGUACCGCCGAAUCUCCACCAGAGAUCCACCGCUAUUCUCUGCCACCGUUAUUCCACCGCGAUGGAUCCGGAUUCGAAUUCGCAUUCUCACGCGCCGGAAUUCGAUUCAGCGGUUCCAGAAACUUCCGGUUCUCCGAGCUCCGAUGAUCAGAGUGUUGUUGCGAAUGAAGAGUUUCGUGAAGCUAAUGAAAGUGACCCUCAAGGUAGUGAGCAAAGGAAAGUCCUACCGGAGGAGCUAUCACCGAAUGUUGUGACACUUUCAUGUGAAUCGUCAGCAGAGGGAGGGAUUUGCGACGUGUUUUUGGUUGGAACGGCUCAUGUCUCAAUGGAGUCCUGCCGAGAAGUCGAAGCUGUAAUCAGUUUCUUGAAACCCCAGGUUGUGUUUCUGGAGUUAUGUUCAAAUCGUGUGGCUGUUCUCAGCCCUCAAGAUCUGAAGGUACCUACAAUGGGAGAAAUGGUGGAGUUGUGGAAGAAAAACCACAACACAUUUGGAAUACUCUACAGCUGGUUCCUUGCUAAGGUUGCUAGUAGGCUUGAGGUUUUCCCUGGUGCUGAGUUUCGUGUUGCAUAUGAAGAGGCAAUGAAGUAUGGUGGCAAGGUGGUUCUUGGUGACCGUCCAGUAAAUAUUACAUUACGACGGACGUGGUCAAAAAUGCCUCUAUGGCAUAAGACAAAGUUGAUGUAUUCCAUGAUGUUCCAAUCAAUAUUUUUACCUAGCCCUACGCGUCUUAACGAAAUGUUGAAGGAAUUGAACGAUGUGGACAUGUUGACUCUUGUUAUCCAAGAGAUGAGCAAGGAGUUCCCGACGUUAAUGGAAACCCUAGUACUUGAAAGAGACCAGUACAUGUCAUCCAGCUUGCUGAAAGUAGCCCGUGAGCAUAAUUCUGUGGUCGCAGUUGUUGGGAAGGGGCAUCUUCAGGGGAUCAAAAAAUAUUGGACACAGCCAAUAGAGAUGAGAGAGCUUCUGGAGUUGCCAUCAACAAAACCAACUGUUACAGUUUUUAAGGUUCUGUCAACUGUUGGAGCUGCUGUUGCUGGGGUGGCCAUUAUUUCUGGUAUAUAUCUUUCCACCAGGAAAUAACUUGACUACCCAAUCCUUACAAUCAACUCGCUUUUUUUAAGCUAGUCGUCGUUCACAGUAAUUGAAACUUGCAACAAACGAAAGGAGAAAUACACAUUACACAGAUACGACACAAACAUGUGUUCCUUUUACUUACUUUUUUUGUGUCAAGUUUGGCCUGUUACUGAUUGAGGUCUUAUAAUCAUGAAACUUUUUUUUUAGUGCCUCAACAUACAUGCAAGUUUAUGGUUUUGUGAAGCUUUGUUCAGUGUUUGAUUAUAUUUCCAUGUGGGGUUGUAUUUUUUUUUU